CAUUUCCGACUUGCCGUCCAUCCAUCGUCUCUUCAUUAUCCCAUAUUUUUCAUUUUUUUGCAAUAGUCUGUAACACUUGGUGAAAUUGAAGCAGCAACCAGCAAACCACAAACCCACCUUCAGUCACAAAAGGGGAGAAAACUGAAUCAUGUCCUCCACUGCUUCAGAUUAUUCUUCCAGUGUUCACCUUCCUCCAUAUGUGGUGGAGGACUGCCGCGGCGUCCUUCAAGUUUACAGCGACGGUUCCAUCGUACGCUCUUCAAAGCCAAGCUUCAACGUCCCUGUCCACGACGACGGCUCUGUUCUAUGGAAAGAUGUCGUUUUCGAUCCUACCCAUGACCUUCAGCUUCGACUCUAUAAGCCCGCUGAUUCGUCUUCAUCCUCCAAACUUCCGAUUUUCUACUAUAUCCAUGGCGGUGGCUUCUGCAUCGGCUCCUUUACCUGGCCCAACUUUCACAACUACUGCCUCCGACUCGCUUCAGAUCUCCGAGCCGUCGUCAUAUCGCCGGACUAUCGGCUGGCUCCGGAGAACCGGCUCCCAGCCGCUGUGGAUGACGCAUUCACGGCUGUCAAGUGGCUCCAGGCACAAGCCACGAACAAUGAUCCGGAUCCAUGGCUGAGCGAAGUGGCUGAUUUCAAUCGGGUGUUCAUUUCAGGUGACUCGGCCGGCGGAGACAUCGCUCACCAUCUGGCGCUUGGGCUUGGGCGUGGGUCGCCCGAGUUAGCGCCGGUUCGGGUCAGAGGUUACAUUCUUUUGGCACCCUUCUUUAGCGGCACCGCCCGAACCCGAUUGGAGGCUGAAGGUCCAAAAGACGCUUUCCUCAAUUUAGAGCUCAUUGACAGAUUUUGGAGGCUUUCUGUACCGAUUGGAGAUGACAGAGAUCAUCCCCUUGUGAAUCCAUUUGGGCCACGGAGCAAGAGCCUUGAAGGCAUUGAUUUGGAUCCAAUACUAGUGGUGGUUGGAGGAAGCGAUUUGCUGAGAGAUAGGUGUGAGGACUAUGCAAGUAGCCUUAAGAAAUUGGGGAAGAACAUAGAGUAUGCAGAAUUUGAAGGGAAGCAACAUGGAUUCUUCACUAUUGAUCCUAGUUCAGAAGCUGCAAAGAAGCUGAUGCUAAUGAUCAAACAAUUUGUAGAGAAACAUUCACUCUGAAUCUGUAUUAUUCAGGCAGUCUUGCAGAUCUUGAAUAUCCUGCCCAAACUAGCGGGGUGUUUGCUACCAGUGUUUUUCGAAUAAGGUUAAUGGUUAAUGGUGCUUUGUUUUGGAUUUCUA